ACAAUGUAUCAGCAGAACAAAUACGUAGGCCUUUAAGAAUAGGAUAUAAAUAUAAUAGAACACUUGUAAUAUUUAGUAUUAAACGGACCUCAAAUCGGACCGGUUGUAUGCAUUUUAACUUUAAGUUUUUAAAAACCCUUUUUUCGCGGACCCACUACUUGACUAUCUCUUCCAGGCAACCUUUGUAAGGAAAAAAAAUUCCUAAAGAAGCUAUUACUGAAAAUCAUUAAAUUAUCAAACUUUUCUAAAAUAAAAAAUAAAUCAUACAUAAACUAUACCACUAGUGUAUUUGCAAUAAUAUAUAAGACCUGCAACUAGAUAAGAAUUAUCAACGUAAUACGUAUACAAAAACAACAAAACUCAUAUCUCAGCUGAUAACGUUAUUAAUAUAAACCUAAUUAUAAUUUUUCGUCGUAAGUCAUAUUGUAAACCACUAGAAAUGAGUUUCGCUGAGAAAGUUGUUCUUAUUAUUGGUGCAAGUUCGGGUAUUGGUGCCUCAACAGCUAUAGAAUUUACAAAAGUAGGAGCUAAUGUUGUGAUUGUAGGCCGAAAGGAAGAUAAACUUCAAAUUGUCGCAACAGAAUGUAAGAAAAAUGGUCAAGAUCCACUCGUUAUCAAGGCAGAUAUAUCAAUCGAUGAUGACAUAACUAGGAUAGUCCAAGAAACUAUUGAUAAAUGCGGUAAAAUUGAUAUUCUAGUAAAUAAUGCUGGUAUCGUCCGAUUUGGGUCUAUUUUAAAGGGAAAUUUAAUGAACGCAUUUGAUGAGAUUAUUAAAACUAAUCUUAGAGGCAUCAUGAAAGUUACAACCCUAGUUGCUCCGUAUAUUAUAAAGACGAAAGGAAACAUCGUUAACAUAUCAAGUGUUGCUGGACAAUCUGUGCCAAAACAUCCUUUAUUUACAUCGUAUGUAAUUAGCAAAGCUGGCUUAGAUAUCUUUACAAAAGCAACUGCGGUAGAAUUAGCACCUCACGGUGUGAGAGUCAACGCGAUCAGUCCUGGACCAGUGUACACAGAUAUCAUCGAAAACAUGGGGCUCAAAUUGGAUGAAGAAAUAUUAAAGACAUUCGAGCAAAUUAAAACAGCUUUGAAUAGAGUAUCCACUCCAGAAGAAGUAGCUAACAUGAUAAUGUAUUUAUCGGGUAAUAAAUGUGUCGGUGUGACGGGAUCAAACUUCGUACUGGAUAAUGGGAUGUUACUAACUUAAUAUGUAAUCCUUUUUGCUUAAUGUAAGCUUUUAUGUAAAUAGUUAUUAAUAAUGAACUCUGUUA